UUGUUGGCCCGCGCGUGGCAGUUGCGUCCGAUCAGAUGUGGUCGUCGCCGUCGGCUUCGUCGCCGUUGAUGCCGAAGUACUGCCGGUGAAUCGUCGCCCACCUGCGAGCAAAGCUUCCUCGCCACUGCGGUGACACAGUGCGGUGACCGCACCAGUGAACAGUGAGACGCCUCCAGGUUCCUCGGUGUCGUUACGUUAUUUAGUUGUCGUUUUACGUCUGCUCAUUUAGGAGCUGUGACUGCUGCCGGUGGGGUUCCGUGCCGCGGAGUUCUCCUUUUGUGAGUUGGUCGCGCGCGAACGUGCUGUGUUGUGCUGUGCAAAGUGUUUCUUGCAGUGCAGCAGGGAAACGUGCGCUCAGAGUGCCGGUGUUUAUCCGACAACGCCCUGCUUCUCCGAGGCAUCACCCGUAACACCUGGAACCGCAGGAAAGCAGUAGACGGAGCUUCUGUUUUGGGUGUUUCGUGCCCCUCUUUCCACGGCUUGUUAAAUUUCCCGCGCUUUGAAUCGCACUGUGCGCUUCGAGCAAAACGAGCAAUUCCCGCGUUUGUCAGAAAUUUCUGUGAACUCGAUCGUGUCUGCUGCGUGCUGUUGCACGUGACACAUGCGCUGCAACCCGUCGGUGCUAAUCGUUUGAAUGAGCACGCACUGUCGUAUGAAACAGCGAGCUCCGUAGCUUUCGCCGUUUUGCAGUUUCGUAGUGUCCGCAUCAUCUGCGGCUCUUGAGAUUCUACGACGCAUGCUGCGCACCGCUGCAGUCGUGCCCACAAGAGUGCGGAAAGGCAGCGAGCUACCCGAUUCUCCUCGACGGAUACAACCGCUGUCGCCGGGCGCAUCGCGUCACCUAUUGUGCUCUGGAAGUCGGUCUUCAUCUUAUUGCACCUGAGCCGGCAGUUGUCGGUGCUGGGGUGUCUGCGAGUCCAUUGUGUUUGACGUCACCUUGACGCCUUUUUUUGCGGUAGUGUGUACGCCGAGGAUUGGUGUCCUUUGUACCGCGCGCGCGCUUGUAUUCAAGCGUCGAACGUUCAGUGGCCACUUGUGCUGCGUUUAUUCCUCCUUGUUUUGACAUUCGUCUACUUACCGAGUUCUUUGGCAACGUUCUUUCUGCUUUUGAACCCUCUGUGCCCGUGUACACGUGCGCGUCUGUAUACAUAGUAGGUGGUUCUGCAGUGCCGUCUUGUUCGUGAUUCAAGAAGCAAACGUGCUGCUGUCACAUGUCGUUCGGCACUGAACUAACAUGCUGAUAGUAUAUAAUUUCUGCAUGUUUCAUACUAAAUGAAGUUAUAACCACUACAUUCGAGCGCAUUUGCACGGUCUAGAUCGGUACGACCUGGAUCCGUGAUUAAAGUGGUACGGCCUUUCUAUUGAAGAAACAGAACAAUAGCUCAGUAGAGGCGCAUCAUGUCACGCGCUGCCAGUACUUCGAGUGGCGACACGAAGUCCUUUUGGCGGCGACCAAGAAUGUCGUCGUCGCAAUGCAACGCCACAGGUGCGAGCCGUUUCUCGGGACCAGCCAUCCGAGUCGCGGCGCCGACGUCCCAGAUGUCAUCCCAAAGGCUACCGCCGUCGUCUCCGCAGCAGCUCAGCUCAGACGAGGAGGACGAAGAGCUUCGUUCCUUCCUCACUAUCCGGGAGCCGAUUCCGCGCCACGGCAGCGGCGUGGUGCGCCGCGGAGGUCGAGACGACUCGCCUUCUUCGCCCGCAAGCUCGUUCGACUCGACGCGUCUCUCUCCGUGGUCGACGCCCACGUCUCCUCGGUGGUCCGGCUCCACCACACCUCCCGGUUCCUCCAGCCUCGAGGGCCACUCUCCCGGUCUGUCGGCGUCCCUGUCUUCGUCUCCCUUCUCUGACGCUAGCGUGGUCGUGUCGUCCUCGUGCGGCACUCGCAAGCAUUGCCGCGGCGAUGGCCUCUUUCCCAAGGCUCUACCCUCCUCGGCUUCGGCGUCGUCUUCGCCUGGCUGCAAGCUGAACGCUCUCGGUGAUCCCCCGCCACCAUGCAACAUUUGGUCGGGCGGCUUCAAGUGGCACGACCAGGCAGGAGGAGGAGGGCCGUACAAGGAACGGGAAGAGUGUCUGCAGAUAUCCGACUUCUGGCAGUACGGCCAGCACCGCCGCAGCAGCGACUUUAGUUCGGACGCGGAAUCCCGGAGGGGUGAGGACGCCGCGGAUGCCGGGUUCCAGGGGACCAGGAGGGCUUCCUCGUUCGACACGCUCGAAGUCGAGAGCGACGACAGCUCCGUCGAUGCUCUGCGAGGAGCCAGGCCCAAGCUGAUCCUUCCGGUCCCGAAGCACUCUCCGCCGAAGAACGCCAGCUUUCCGGAGCCGUCGCAGCAGCAGUCGGCGCGCUCCGGUCGCGCCGCGAGGUCAGAGGGCGAGGAUGUGUGCUGCCACUGCAAGCUUUCUCCGAGUUUGCUACCCCUGGAGUGCUGCGAACAGGACGUCAGGAGCAAAGGCGACGCCGAAGAGCCGUUGGGAAUUGGCUUGGGGUCAAAGAAGGGCCUCAACUGGCCCUGUACGCUGCAACCUCCGAACCAGCGUUGCCUAGACUGCCUCUACUCGGUGCCUCUGUCCAGCGGUGCUCAGUGGGUGCAAGCGUCUUGCGGCAAGUUCCCCUGGAACAGGCGCCGAGGAUCGGGCGUCCUGGUUCACGAAGUCGACGAAGGACAGCCCUGCCUGACCUGCAAGGACAAGUGCCCCGGUUUCAGUCCCCACCUUUGGAGGAAAGUGUGCAACAACUGCAAGUGCCCCCGAGAAUCGCACGAUGUGUACCACGAAGAGUUCGUCAACGUGCGCGACCGCAUCGGCAUCAAGGCGUCCGACCCUUCGCAGCAUACUUCCAAGGAGAAGACGCUGCAGGAGGGAUACUCCUGGGUGCCACCGGGACUAUCUAGUGCGAAGAUCGAGGAGUACUUUGCUCAGCUGCCGAACCACAAGGUGCCGAGGCUGGGCAGCCCGGGGGAGAAGUACCGCGACCGGCAGCUCAUCGUGCAGCUGCCCAAACAGGACCUGGCGCUGGCCUACUGCAAGUUCCUGGAGCGGGAGUGCCAUCGGGCUUUCGAGGACUUCGUCAACGCUCGCAACGAGAUCGCCCUCGACAUCGGUUACGUCAGGGAGGCCCUCGACAAGACGCUGGAGUGCCACAAGUGCGGCGGCGUGCUGCCUGGCGGCGAGCUGGCGGUGAUCGCGCCCAAGUUCGGCGAGAUGGUCGCUUGGCACCCGGCCUGCUUCGUGUGCUCCUCCUGCAACGAACUGCUCGUCGACCUGACCUACUGCGCCAAGGACGGAAGGCUCUACUGCGAGCGCCACUACGCCGAGACGCUCAAGCCCCGCUGCGCAGCCUGCGACGAGCUCGUGUUUUCCGGCGAAUACACGAAGGCCAUGAACAAGGACUGGCACUCGAGCCACUUCUGCUGCUGGCAGUGCGACGACUCGCUCACCGGCCAGCGGUACGUGCUGCGUGAUGAGCACCCGUACUGCGUCCGCUGCUACGAGCAGGUGUUCGCAAACUCGUGCGAGGAGUGCUCCAAGGCCAUCGGCAUCGACUCCAAGGACCUGUCCUACAAGGAGAAGCACUGGCACGAGGCGUGCUUCCUGUGCAGCAAAUGCCGAGUGUCGCUGGUGGACAAGCCGUUCGGCUCCAAGGCCGAGAAGGUCUACUGCGCCGCCUGCUACGACGCCGCAUUCGCGACCCGCUGCGAUGGCUGCGGCGAGAUCUUCCGCGCCGGCACCAAGAAGAUGGAGUACAAGGGCCACCAGUGGCACGAGAAGUGCUUCUGCUGCUGCGUGUGCAGCAACCCGAUCGGCACCCGCAGCUUCAUUCCGCGGGACAACGACAUUUACUGCACCGGCUGCUACGAGGACAAGUUUGCCACAAGGUGCAUCAAGUGUAACCAGAUCAUCACUAGCGGUGGAGUGACGUACCGCAACGAGCCAUGGCAUCGGGAGUGCUUCACUUGCACCAACUGCAGCGCCUCGUUAGCCGGCCAGCGAUUCACGUCACGCGACGAGAAGCCAUACUGCGCUGAGUGCUUCGGCGAGCUGUUCGCCAAGAGAUGCACCGCUUGCUCCAAGCCUAUCACUGGAAUCGGCGGAACGCGCUUCAUCUCUUUCGAGGACCGCAACUGGCACAAUGACUGCUUCAUCUGCGCCAUGUGCAACAACUCUUUGGUGGGCAAGGGCUUCAUCACCGACGGACCUGAAAUCUUGUGCCCCGAAUGCGCUAGGCAGAAGCUGAUGUAACUUCGAAAUUAAAUGCAACACCUAACGAAACAAAGUAACUCAAAGAACACGAAGACUUUCAUGCACUCGCUAUGGUCCUAAUUCAACAAAGUUCGUCGUGGUCAUACCAAACAGCCGCAAGUAGCUUCUCUCAGAGAGAAACUUGAAAGCAGAAAUCAACAAAUAAAGUGUAUUAUAUUCCACCCCGCUGAGUUUACUUACUAUAUCUUCACUGUGAAAUGAGGAGUGAUCUAGUGCCUGCCUCUUCCUAAUAGCACAGGUUUGAGCAGAUGUGGCCUAUUAUGUUCUUUUAUGUUGAGUGUAGUUUUUUUUAACACGGCUACUGGCACAUAUUUGCAGUGUAAGGGAAUGACAACAGAAACCAUUCCACGACGAGCCUCGUAUAUCAGUGCAUAUAUCAGCUAUAACCACAAAUUGCGUUCUACCUAUACAUGAUGUUUGAAGGGACAUUCGAGCGCACUUGUGAGAACCUUUUUUUGUGAUGCGUUGGCUGAUGUUUCCCACAGAGAACUGAAUUCUUUCUCUGGUGCUAAGCUUUGCCACGUGCUCAGAGAUGCUGUCAACUUUUCAUCUGAUAUAAACAGGCGUGGAAGCAAACUGACCACUUUUUGCAACACUUUAAUAUGUAAUUUCAUGAGAAAUGAGGUCAUGGAUAACAAGGUUGACAGCAUCUGCUGACGCUGUUGGGUUCUUCAAGGGAACUGUUGCUUUAUUUCUAUUCCUAUGAUGUCUGCUUCCCCAGUUGUUCUUUAGCGGGUUAAUGAAGCUUGCUCUUUUUCCCCUGACUUACUUUACAGGCAAGAAAGUUGCAUGUUUUUGUAUCUACAGGCAACAAUAAAGGUUUUCCUAAAUGCACCACUGCUCAUUGCAAGUACUUAAACCAUAUAUGCACUGUUAAUGGUGUCAUGCAUUGAGAAGAAACAUUUUCUUAGAAUUUAGAAAAUUUUAAUACUUCAAUUUUCUUGUUUAUGAUUGGUAAUAUGGCAUUGUGACAUAUCUUUAUGUCAAUUUAGCUUGGAAACACAGAAAGACACACCUGUGGAGCUAAGCAGACGAGAGGUCACAAACUUCCUAUUUCUGACACUAAUAUAAGUAGAAAUUUAUGGAGCCUAAAGCGUGAUACCCACAGACUUUUCAGCGUAUCGAGAAUUCCUACAUAUGUCUAAAGUUGAAGCCUUUACUAAGUCACCAGCAUGGCCUUUAUGAAGAGAAAAGUUACCCGGCGCUGGCAGCCGUGCAACUUCAUCGACAAUCCGAUGCGUUCUUUGCCUGUACACAACAGGGAAAGAUGUUGAAGAUCUUCAAUCGAAGUCUAGUAUACAUGCACAACAUGCAUUUUCGUGCACCUAGCAACACAAACACAAGUAACGUAUAUGCACUUCACUACUGCUUAAAGUGAUAAAAGGCGCCUUGUGAAGUGUUGUGUAGCACAUUACAUACUUGUCAUAUUGCUUAGUGUUGCCCCUUCAGCCAACUGUUGUAUAUACUGAGCAGAGUUUAAUAUAAUAUGUAUCGCGGACUAAUUGUGAAAACCUUUUGUGAAUGCCGAGUGCUUUAACAGAAUGUGUCUCUAUGUAUUGCAUUCUAUGCUGAGGAAGCCCUAUGUAUGCUGAAGCAAUGCAAUUGAUUCUUAUGCCAAUUUUUUGUGUGACUCACUGUGAUGACUGUCUGGCAGUGUUUGUCAUUGCUUCAUUAGUAAUCUGACAUUUUUCUUGGUAUCCACUAAUGCUUUUAUGCACUUCAUUUCAACAUACGCUUGCUCAUCACGGCAACAGCAACAUGCCGCUUCAUGCACUAUUGUAUUGCAGAUAUGUGAUACUACACUGCACUUCUUAACAGCUUGCUGUCACUAUAGCAUUUGGUUAGCCUCUCUCCCUCCCAAAUCAUCUUUUGUAGUAACAUAAUGUUUAGCUUGUACUGGAGAGCAUAGGAUAUAUGCUGGUAUUAUCACAGUUGGGAUAUAGUUUUACAAGAGGAAAUGACAGCAUGGAGAAAGGUUGUGAAGAACCGAAAGAUAUCUGAAUAAUCCCCAAAUAUUAACACUGACCUCAUUUUCUGUUAUCAAGAUACGUAUACAUGUUCAUAUUUUUUAAUGCGAGGGUAACUGCUUCAUGUUCAUUUCGUAGCAGUACAAUGCUUCUGCAGCAUCAGCAGAUCAAGAUCACUGGGGUUUCAUACUUAGUUUCUGAAAUGGUGACUUGAUGGAACCUAGCAUAUUGCUUUGUUGUUUCUGUAUAUCUUUGCAGCACCGUGUUGUCUAAUGAACGCUUUGCCGUGGCAACUACAUCGAGUGGUUCUGCUUACACAAGUAGAAAACGCUUGAACGAUUUAAAUGCGGGCGUUAAUUGUGCAUUGCUCUUUAGGGCUUGCUACGCUUGCAAACUGUGACUCACGCUUCUAAGUGCCAGUGCCUGAGUACGAUAUAUUUUUUGACGUUUUUGUGUGUACGUGUCUGUGCUCUGUUUUUGUUACUAACAAUGUAUGUUGCACACUUGGAGAGAGGCUAUGCUCUCUCCUAAAUCGAAUAAAUUUCCACUCAUGGCUCGCA